AUGCGAACCUUCGUUGCCAUCGCCCUCGUCGGGCUAGUGUCAGUGGUGCGAUCGGAUCUUCCCCAUUACAAUUUAGAAAAAAGCUUCGACACCGGUCUGAGAGAAUGUGCCGAAUUGAACGAGAUCAGUAAUUGUGAUCUGAAACAGUACAUAGCGGACUCCUUUCCCAACGUACCGAUAGUGCGAAAACUAUUACGUUGCUCUAUGUUGAAUGUGAAAAGCUAUAAUGAUGCCACCGGAGUUUGGCAGCCUCAGAUGAGUGCCUUUUUUCAACCGUCGCCAGCUGAUAGUUGCUACCAGAACCGAACCCAGGUGUGCCUCAACUCGAUUCCAGAAAGAGUGGAUCCAUCAGACGUCGACAGUUUGGCCUAUGAGUCCUUCCAGUGCUAUUACCGCAGCUAUGGAGACUUGGUUGAAAGUGAUCAGUUCCUGCGAGACUCACCGUUGGAGUUUGGCCAGGUUUUAGUGGCUACUUCCGACUAUCUGCAGCUGUCUGGAGAAACGUUAGUUGAUUUAUGCAAGGGAAACAUUUUGAACAAUGACCAAUUUCCGAAAAUCCUAUACGUUAUCGCUGUUCGGGCUGGAUUCUACAGUGUCAACAGUGGUGUUCAACUGAAUCGUUUAUAUAUUCAGUUCGGCAACGAAGCUCUGUUGACCCCGGAAACGCAACAGUGCGUCGAUGAUGUGGCUCAGGAAAACUGCAGUGCCGAUGACGUAACGCAAAAUUACCAGAUUUUCGUUAAGUGCUUGGAGCCCCUUCUUCCUAUCCCAAAGCUUCUUCAGGAAUUCUCAAAGCAACGGGUCAGUGAUCCAGACGUUUGUGACUGCUCGUCUCCUCAGGUUCAAGUCUACAAUGUGGCGUAA